AUGUCUGCCGUGUUGAUUACAGGUGCGACGGGAAAGCAGGGAGGCUCCCUCAUCAAGAGUCUCAUCUCCCGCAAUGCUCCUUUCGAAGUCUUGGCUGUCACACGCGAUCCAACUUCUGCAUCUGCGCAAAAACUCCGGAGUCUAUCUUCCAAUAUCAAGCUCGUUCAAGGCGAUCUUGACAACCCGGCUGAAAUCUUUCAGAAUGCCCGGCGCUUAGCUUCGGCUCCCAUAUGGGGUGUUUACAGUGUGCAGGCGGCCAUCGGAAAUAGUUCAGAAGAAGUCCAAGGCAAAAGUCUAGUCGAUGAAGCGAUCAACCAGGACGUCAAAUUCUUCGUGUAUAGCUCCGUCGACCGUGGUGGCGAGAAACGUUCAUAUAACAACCCAACUAAGAUCCCACAUUUCAUCAAAAAGCACAACAUCGAGCAUCACCUUAUCGAUCGCGCGAAGAACCACCAUAUGAAAUGGACCAUCUUGAGACCAGCAGCUUUCUAUGAGAACUUGACUCCGGAUUUCUUUGGCAAGAUGUUUGCGACCUGUUUCAAAAUGGCACUGAAAGGAAAGCCCUUACAGCUGGUCGCUACAAGUGACAUUGGAUAUUUCGGGGCCGAAGCCUUCCUGAACCCCGACAAAUACGAGGGCAAGGGGAUUUCCCUGGCUGGCGAUGAAUUGACAUUUGACCAGAUGGAUCAGACCUUCUUUCGUCGUAUGGGACAGAAUCUGCCUAUGGCUUUCCGUCCGAUUUGCUCUUUGUUCAUGGCUGCUAUGAAGGACAUGGGUUAUAUGUUUAAAUGGUUUCAUGAUGAGGGUUACGGAGCCGAUAUCCAGAAAUUGCGGGAGAUUAAUCCCGAGAUGAAAACAUUCGACACCUGGCUUGUGAACGACAGUGGAUUGUCGAAGAAAUGA